AUGAAGUACAUUACGAUCGAGGGUCGUAAUCCUGGCUUCAGCUCGGUCGCCGUGAUCGUAUGUGGCAUGGCAAUCCUUGAUGGCACCACCACGGUGUUCGUCAUCGGUGAUGUUAUAGCAGAAGGAGACUCCUUCUACGAAUCUGACAUCGCCAAGAUGAAAUAUGUCACUAUUGAGGGCCGUAAUCCUGGUUUCUGUUGGGUCCCAGACCCUUACAACCUCUUUCCUGGGCCGGCAUCAGGGGCGCUAGGGAUGAUCCUGGCAACAUUAGCCGUGGACCUUAAGGCAGUGUUCGUUCAAAAUAAAUUGACGAUCAGUGCAUCAGAAGAUCCUGAGCGCGUUGCUCAGGAUCUGGAGAUGUACGAGACACUCGUCGUACCGGCAGCAGUCGAAAACUUAUCCACGCCGAAUCUCCUCCAAGGAGUGUGUCUGCACUGGUUCCGUUGA